AUGGCGUCCCAGCCAGGAGUGUCUCCGCUGGAAUCACCAUGGCAGGACGAUUUCGAGUUCCGCCAACGGCCGCCCACGUCCUCAACUAGCGAUCACUCCGAGCAUUCUUUUCAUAUCCGAUCCAAAUCAAGCGCAAAUGUUCACAGCCCCAAACGUUUGUCUGUCUUUGGUCGAUCAAGAAGCAACACCACCACGUCAAUAACAUCGCCUCGCCGUUCUCCCACCUCGCCGAAUUCUGGGGAAGUUCCCAUGCCCCUUCUACACGAUGAGAAACCUGCGCCAACCGACAGCGUAGCUCGAUCGUUGCUUGUUCGCGGCAGUCGCAUUCUUCGGCGCCAGGGUAGCAAGCUAAAUGUGGCACCUACUUUAGAUGAAGAAGACGAAGCUGGAAAAACUUCAAAGUUUGAAGUCUCAAGUAUCUUCCAGCGCAAUCACAGAAUGAAACGCUCGGAAUCUCACGAACAACUCAAGCGCGUCAUCUCGGAGCCAUAUAAUUUCCACCACGUCAUACACACUAGCUCAAACCAAUUCCAUGCUCUGGACAGCACCAGUAACAACGAACUGGUCGGCGAGUUCUCUGCGAUUCAAGCUUCACAGACUCCUGAACCGGGGCUCAAAGGAAUUCGUGUCCAGGACCUUGAUUCAAACAACACCUCGACCGAGAACGUCAGCGAAUCGAUGACUGAGGAAGACAGAAAUCAAGCUGCUUCUCCAGCUAUGAGCCCUCCUACAUCACCAAGAUCGCCGGGCAAAAUUGAGAACUUCUCGCGCCCACCUACAUCUCAGGCUAUGGAUGAAUUCCUUGGUUUAAUAGAUCAUAGACAUUCUUACCUAGACGAAAGAAUUGCCCGCCAAGCUGCGUCACUAGAAGAUCCUGGAAUGUUUCACCCGGACAUUGGCUAUGCAACCCACGGCCAUCAAAAUGAGGACGAUGCACACCUCACUGCCGCAGUAAUCAACAGCUACUUGUCGGACCUAGAGGAUGUUCCUGAAGAGGAGGAUAUAGAAGAGCAUGAGGCCAACGAAAAUUCUCAGUUCGAGCCGCUACCACCUCGAAGAUCUUCUUCCGUAUAUGAUGAAGUCGAAAGUUCGCCUCCCCCGCCUGUUCCUCCGAAAUCUGCUGCCCGUCACGAGUCUGUGAUAGUGGUGCAGGAUACCGAGCUAUCAUUCUCAGAGGACUUGAUGUCCCCCACUUUACCGCAGUUUCGACCUAUUCUCCAGGAUUCGCCAAUGUCUCAGGCGAGCGAUGUUAAGGCCGGAAAUCCAGCUGGAGGCUUUGAAGAAUUUUCGACAUCGUGGGAUGAGGAUAUCGACUACUGUUACGAACAUGCAGCCGAGGCGGAUUGUGAUUUUGACUGGAAUCGUUCCUCUAUAGAUAUCCCCGGACGCUCUGUUGUAGGCGCUCUUCCUUCGGAGAAAGCCAGCACAAGAUUAACUGUCCAUGAUAGCCGGAACGCUACGUCCGUUCCAGCGACCCCAGAUUUAGAUCCUGGCUCUGCUAGAUCAAUUAUGACAAGAUCUCACGAAGCCAUUACACCAUUGAGUGAGGGAGCAGCGCCGGCCGGGUUUUUCCAUGCAAAACCCCAACCCCAGGAAUAUUUCAAGCUCCAGACAGGAGAUGUGGGAAACGAUCCGGUCUAUGAAGAUUAUCUUGCUGUUCAGGAUGACGUUGAAGGGCAACUCCGUUACUAUCCGCAGCCUAGGUCACAUUCAGUCGAUCUUCCUGUUUCUCCACGCAGCAGCUACUCCCCAAUUAGCAAAUGCAACUCCCAAGAGAGUGUGAUGUUAUCUCGUGCUGCCUCGAUUGUGCGCAAACAUCGCUCGUCAACUUCAACGACAAGUGUGCCAGAAUUGGUCCCUAGUGCCGGCAGCAGCAGUCGUGAAACCGCGACCAGGGAGAGCAUCGGGUCUUUUGAGCAAAGCACACCCACUUCAAUCCCUGAACCUCCCAGAGCCGGAUUUUCAUAUCACCGCCAGGUAAAGAGCUUGGCACCUGAAAUCGGUUCAUUCUCCAAUCUACGGUCCACCCGUAGCAACGGUAGUAUCGAUGUCAUUGUUGACCUGCCUUAUCCCUCGGCAACACCGACCCACGAUCGUACCAAAUCUACUUCUGCUGUUGACCACCAGAAAAACAAGACCAAGCGCCCAGAAGACUUGCCCUCCCCUAGGCCAAUUUCUGUGGCGCAGAAGAGGAAGAGCCGAGUCGGGUACUCUCUCUUUCCUUCUGCAAUGACCGCGCCACAACGCUAAUACAACGACUUCAUCACUUUAUUAUAUGUUGAAUUGCGAGGCAUUUCAUUGAACUCGGUCAUCAUAUCGCAUAUGACGUCACGAAUUUUGAGCAUAUAUUUUUUCCUUUUUGUUUGUGUCAUCUUGCAUCAGCCGCUAUGGUCGCAUUCGUUUCAGGUUGGUUUUUUAUUUCAAAAGUGAGAGGCUGCGGUGUUGGUUAUCGGAAGCCUCAUAUCGGUCGUUACUUUCUUUUCUGGUUUAUGGUAUACAUAUAGACUUGGCGCCAUUGGGGAGUAUUUGGUUGUUCAUGACUGCAUUGCAUACUUGCAUGGAUGGAAGCAGGAACAGUCGCCCUUGGUCUUUGGUAACAAAGGAAGGAUGAAUUUGAUGUUUUGUCCAAUCUGCAAUAAAUACAAGUAAAUUUUCAAGUGAUGACUUUGUCAACAACCUCAAUAUCAU